AUGUUCAGCACAAGCCAGCUUCUACUCCCCUCACUCGUACGUGAAAGGUCUAACACCGUCUUGCACCUCAUCUUAGCUGGUGUCAUUCCGCAGGCUGGCUGUGCCUACUUCUACACUUGCGGUCCACGGGGGAACGUCGUUCUACUUUUCGCGACGUUCAUCUAUGUCGCUCUCACCGUUCAGGAAUAUCUCUCCACCGGUCGCAUCCUGUCUGCGCUCUUCCACGCGUCGCUUGCUCUGGCCGCGCAGACUCUACUCAUCAUUCUAGCGACGGCGUUGUACCGGUUGUCACCGCUCCAUCCUUUGGCAAAGUUUCCAGGGGGGUUGCUUGAUAAAGUGACUGACCUGAGGCUUGCCUAUAUCACGUACAGUGGCAGGAGGGGGGCGCACGUAGUGGCGCUUCACGAGAGGUACGGUGUUAUCGUUCGUAUAGGCCCGAACAAACUUUCGAUAAACUCUGCUGACGCCGUCCAUUCCAUCUACGCGUCAUCUCAAGCGUUUGACAAGGCGGCAAGCUACAGGCCGGGCCGCAUCGGAGACGGCUCACUCUUCUUCGCACGCGGAAGAGCGGAGCACUUGCAUCGCAGGCGUAUCUGGACCGGAGCGCUCACCAGCACAGCGAUACAGCAAUGGGACGACAUCAUGAAAGCCCGCACCGAACAGCUUGUCGAGUGCAUCGCGAGAAGACAAGAUUUUUGCAAUAGUGUCGACUUAACAUCUUGCCUCGACCACUGGGCUUUUGAUUUCGCUGGUGACCUCAUCUUUGGCACGGAAUGCAGCCGCCCUGAACUCAUGAGGGAAGGCGACCCGGGAGAUGUGGUUCGUAAUGCGCAAAAAGCAAUCCUCGCGUUCGAGAUCUUCGGCGAGGUCCCUGCCCUCGCUGACAUUUUGUCGGGGUCGCCCGCCACAGAGGGCUACAAAAAGACGGAGAAUUUUGCCGCUAAGUACCUGAAGGAGCGAGUAAAAAUCAGCUCAGAAAAUAGCUGGGAUCUAUGCUCGUUCUUCUUGGCUCAACGUGAAGAAUCUCAGCACUCUCCGAUGUGUGAAGCCGAUCUCAACGCGGACACUGUCCUGGCUCUCGAGGCAGGAGCAGACAGUACUGCCGGAUUCCUCACGCUCAUCAUGUUUUACCUAUUGCGCCAUCCAGAGACAUACGAGAAGCUCAAGCACGAGCUGGACGAGGCGUUCCCGACAGGCGAAAUUACCGCAGAUCAGCAUGCGUAUCUGGCUGAACUCCCCUAUUUGGCUGCCGUAGUCAACGAAGGCUUGCGUCUCGGUUCUGGCUAUUCCGGCUUCUUGCGCGUCGUACCCAAAGGCGGGGCAGUGCUGGAUGGUCAGUUCAUCCCGGAGGACACUAUCGUCGGCAUCCCCGUUCACGCCCAGCACAUCAACCCCGACAACUUCUGGCCUGCACCCCGCGAGUUUAUGCCUGAGCGAUGGUUCGAGGACGGGUUGGGGCCCGGGAUGGUCACGCGUCAGACCGCUUUCAUGGCAUUCCAAUUUGGUCCGUUUAGCUGCCCAGGCAAGGCCUUCGCUUACCGCCAGAUUAACGCCGUCAUCUCCCACGUUAUCCUUGCCUAUGACCUUAGUUUUGCGCCCGACUUCGACCCGCAAGCGUUUGUCAAGGGGUGCCUCAACACAAGGACGAAAAUCAUUAAUUACCACCUCAAGGCGAAGGCGAUACGGAGGCAGCACUACUAAGUUGAAGUAACAGAGUGCAGUUCGAUUAUGAUAAUUCGUUAUAAGUUACUCCGUUUAUAUUACACCAGAUGAAUAUCGCUUUUUAUAUAAUU